AGAGAGAGAGAGAGAGAGAGAGAGAGAGAGAGAGAGAGAGACAGAGAUAAAAAACGCAAAAGAGGAAGAGAGACAAGGUCAGGUAGCACCAGUUGCGUGCAGGAACCCAGAAACGUGAGGAGAGCAUAGCUAACCUCCCUUAUGUGUGGUUCUUCUAAAGGCUUCACAGCCUCUGCCUCCCAGCUUGACACAGCCAUGCUCAUCUCAGAGGAGUCGCCCAGCACCCUAGGGGUCAUCCUCGCCACAGCGGCAACGACAGUCGAGUGGGACAUGGAUAUGACGGCAUGGAGCGAGGCUGAGUUCGAGGAGAGGUGCACAUACACAGUGAAGGACCAGCUGUUGGACAAUGACCCAGAGGGGGACAAGGGCAGGACGCAAGCAGAGAGGUCUCUACCGAGGAACCUGGCCUUCAAGCGAUGUCCCGAGUCCACAGAAGUGCUUGGAGUGACCAGCAUUGAGCUCAUUCCAAAGGGGACACGAUUCGGCCCCCUGGUUGGGCAGAGCUACACCAAUGAAACGGUCCCAAAGAAUGCAAACAGAAAGUACUUUUGGAGGGUUUUCUCCGAAGGCCGAUUGCAUCACAUCCUGGACGGCUUGGAUGAGGACAGGAGUAACUGGAUGCGGUAUGUUAACCCUGCGUGUCGUCCGGAAGAGCAGAACCUGGCAGCAUGCCAGACUGGCAUGGCCAUCUACUUCUAUACCGUACAGCCCGUGUGCCCGGGCCAGGAGCUGCUGGUAUGGUACUGCCCGGAGUUUGCUCAACGCCUCAACUGCCUUCCACCCCCGAUACGGCUGGUGACGGAGAGGAUGGGGCAGAGUGGGAGUCAGGAGAAGACCUCAGAGAAGAGAGGAUACAGUGUGUCGGAAAUCCUCAGGAAGGAGCAUACCAAGCGUCAUCCCACCUCCAGCCCCCUACGGCCCACCAGCCCCCCAUCCCGGCACCCUGUCUUCCCCCUGUGUCCUCAGGUGGUCUACCCCAUCCACCCCUGCGUGGACCUCCUCGACCAUCCCAGCUACAAACCUGUCAGAUACUGUGGCCCUUCAACCCCCAUUAGACCAGCAAGUUAUCCUGUAGCACCCCAUAUCCACUUCCCUGUCAAGCACAACCUGGGUGCUCUUGCCAUGGGCAAACAUUACCCAGAGUCCUCUCUGUCUGGUCGAUCAAACACAAGUCUACGGCAUGCACCCUACCUCAUUCCUACCUACCCGCAAAGCCUCAACAACAUCCUACCUCAACCACACUCCUUCUUCAGCGAUAGACUUCAAUCCCAUCUUCCACAUCCCUUACUUUCUUUUGAAGGUUAUCUGCACUUCCCGCCUCCCCCAGCCAGUGAGCAUACACCCCUGGCACUUCCUGUAGCAUUGACCAAUAGCAACAAAGCCAGCACGUGCACUCUGACAAAUAGAGGCAAAGAUUUUGAAGACUUCACAAAUUCAACUAAUAUCUACCUCAGAAACCCAGUUGUUAGGUUAGAGGACAGCUACAGGGACCUAAAGCAUUCCCCAUCCUUCCCUUACGAGGAUCCCUCUCCUCCAACUACCCACAGUGCCUCAUCUGUGGUCACCUCCCUCAGGGAUGUAUCAUCCCCUCUCACACCCAACGGAGGUUCACCUGUGAUGGGAUUGGCUGUCUCCUCAGUCCGCCUGCCCUCCAAGUCCACCUCCGCUAUUCUGAGGUCCGGCCAUCUGGCUGGGGGGGCGGUAGAUCUCCGCAAGGUCAAGCGAGGGCGGGUCAUCGGAUACAAGACCCUAUCCUAUCCCCUCAGCAGGCAGAAUGGAAAGAUCCGGUACGAGUGCAACAUCUGUGGCAAGAUCUUCGGGCAGCUGUCAAACCUCAAGGUGCACCUGCGUGUGCAUAGUGGCGAGCGCCCCUUCCGAUGUCAGACCUGCAGUAAGGACUUCACUCAGCUGGCUCACCUGCAGAAACACUUCCUGGUUCACACGGGAGAGAAGCCACAUGAGUGCCAGGUGUGCCACAAGCGUUUCAGCAGCACCAGCAACCUCAAGACCCACCAGCGACUCCACUCUGGGGAGAGGCCCUACCUGUGCAAGCUGUGUCCGGCCCGCUUCACCCAGUUUGUCCAUCUCAAGCUCCACAAACACCUCCACAGUGGGGAGCGCCCUCACCACUGCCAGUACUGCUCCCGCUCCUACCUCCACCGCUGCAGUCUCCAGGUACAUCUCCAGGGCUUCUGUCCAGCCCCGGCCCCCUCCUCGAACCUUCCCCAUGGCCUCUUGCAGGAAGAGCUCCACCGCGUCAAUGCAGAGAUCGACAGGUUCGACCUGAGCGAGGCCGCGGAGCGCCUGGAGACUAUGGCGGUCGAAGCAGAGAUGGACAAGGGGAGCAUCGGCACUCUGAUUCGGGAAACUGAGCUGGUAACCUCCAGCCACCAGGGCUGCACUGGCGAGACCCUGUCUUUAGAACAUAACGGCUACGAAGUAGCGGGGAAAUCGUUGGUCCUCAGGCUGCAUCACAGCGGCACACUACCUCAUGAUCCGACCAACAUCAAACAAGAGACAGGCUGUAUCUCAGAGGUGUGAAAUACAGCUCAUGUCAUCCAUCAUCCAUAAUCUCUGGGAGUUAGCUGACCUAUUUGAAGAACACCUCCUUUACAGCCCUCUCAUCUCUGGACAAUGUUAAGGAAUGGGCCUUUGCAACAAGAGCCCAAACCCAAUAAUAUAAAUGUGUCUAUGCAUAUUAAUCAUACAUAUCCCUUACCCUAAUUUAUUAUGCCAUUUUGUUGUAAUUUAAGGAAUCCACAGCACGUGAACUGUGGACUGGGAGGUCCAAUAUUUUGAACAGGGUUUACUAAGUUUCCUAAUAUCUAUUUGUAUUUAAUUCCCAUGUGGAGUAACUGAAGAGAUGUGAUUUUAGUGCAUAAAAAAUGACGUGCCUUACUUUAUAUUUAUCUUUGCGAAUGUGUUAAUAUAAUGUUUUUGUGCUGAUGUGAGACUGCGUUGUCCUGUGGUCGCCAGGGUUGUGUACAGACUGCAUUUGGCACUGUGGAAGCUUUCACUUUGGGGAAUGUCAACACACACACAUGGACACACACACCCACCCACAGUAUUAUUAUUAAAACAUUCUAGGAAAUUCACUUUUGAUAAAGACCACUUACUAAUGUGAGUUAUUUGUAUGAAUCAUUAUCCUAAGGAUGUGCAUGGAAAAAAGUUUGGAUGUCAUUCAUACUCACGUAAUCAAUGUAUCAAUGAAUUAAUCAAUCAAUCUAUGUAUUCAAUCGUGGUGUGGGGCUUCCAUGAAAUGUGUCACCAACAAAUGAAUAGAUUGACACACAAUUAUGAGGGUAAUAUACCCAUUUUCAU